UGCCUCGCCGUUGCCGGGGAGGCGGAGGCGGAGUGCAGCCUGCAGGGACGGACCGUCGCACACCGAGGACGCAGCUGUCACACGCUGGAGCAACGCUGAGAAGCCGAGUAUGAUGAACUGAGCGGAGGAACACCUUUUUUUUUGAUAAAAUGGGAAACGCUUUCUGUUAAAAACAAACAAACCAACAGCAAAACCGUCGUUAAAGUUAGAAGACCUCGAAGUUUGGAGCUCGUCCUGCCGUUGGAGACACCGGAGCAGUUGCUGGGAGACGGUAGUUAAGCGGAGAAAGCGAGGACAGGCGAGUUGAAAUAAGUGUUUUCAGCAUUUAAAGAAGGAAAAGCCUCCGCUGGAGAAUAAAACCAACAAGGAUAUUAAUUUUUCCAUCGUUGAAAGGGACAUACAGCCGAGGAACACAUCAGCAUGGUUACCACAAAGGGAGCAGGUCUAAACCCGAAUGCCAAAGUGUGGCAGGAGAUCCCUGCCCAGCAGAGUGACAUUCCUGGGGAUACAGAGGAUUCUCCUUGGCUGCAGGCCUACCCUCCUUCUGCUGAGAUGACUGCAGGUUACUCAGAUGUUACCCCUUCAGGGGGUAAAGGAUAUGACACUGAGUAUCUGGACAGCAGUGCUGAUUAUGCCCCUGUACCCUCUGGCGUUGUGAAUGACAUUGACCAGCCUGACUUGGGCUAUUUAGUGUUUGACCGACAGUGCGAGUCAGCCACAGAUGGGGAUGUGUCUAUGGAACAACCAGUGACUGAGGAGAGUUUGAGAGAGACUUUAAAGAAGCGUCUUGAGUUCUGCUUUUCUAGAGAGAACCUCUCUAAGGACCUAUACCUGAUAUCUCAGAUGGACAGUGAUCAGUUUGUUCCCAUCUGGACCAUUGCUUGCAUGGAGGACAUCAAGGCUCUUACCACUGACAUGGAUCUUAUUCUGGAUUUACUGCGAGCUUCUCCUAUGGUGCAAGUUGAUGAAACUGGUGAAAAGGUUCGACCAAACCACAGUCGCUGCAUCAUUAUUCUUAGAGAAGUGCCAGAGACUACUCCAGUUGAGGAAGUAGAGGCUCUGUUUAAGAGUGAAAACUGUCCCAAAGUGUUAAGUGCUGAGUUUGCUCACAACAGCAACUGGUACAUCACAUUUCAGUCAGAUAUGGAUGCAUUGCAGGCUUACAGAUAUCUCAGAGAGGAAGUGAAAACGUUUCAGGGGAAGCCGAUCAUGGCCCGCAUUAAGGCCAUAAAUACAUUCUUUGGAAAGAAUGGCUUCCGCAGCAUGGAUUCAAGUGUUUUCAGUCAGCAUACCCAGCCACAGACCCAGUAUGGCUCUCCAGUCUACAUGCCACAGGUGUACAGCCCCCAGCAACAGUACCCGGUUUAUCCUGUGGUGUCUCCCUCCUGGAACCCUUCAGUCAUGCCUUACUUUGAAACACCACUGGCGCCUUUUCCUAAUGGUGGAUUCGUGAAUGGUUACAGCAGUCCUGGGAGCUACAAAGCAAACACAAGCUUGAUCAACACCCAUCGUCCCAUGAACAGAAACCGGAACCAUGUAAAAAAUCACCCCAGGCCUGGAGAUUUGCCCGCUUCUACUUUGGCUCCAGUGCCCCUGAUGAAUGGCAUAUCUGGUCCUUCAAGUCCCCAGGCCCUUCAAGCACCAGCGACACCCACCACACCACAGUCAGUCUCGCCUCCCUACAACCAUAAAGACAAUUCUCCACCAACCACUAUUCCCAGUGGAGAUCUAAGCGGGGCUGGACGAGGAAGGAGAAGCAGCCAUAGAACCAUGAGGAGGAAAAGAGAAGAUGAACAUACCACGAGGCCUGUGAUGGAAGCCAAGGCACCACCCCCAAAAUUUGACUUGGCAGCUUCCAAUUUUCCUCCUUUGCCGGGAUCAGUAGUCAGCACGCAGGAAGAAACUGUGACAGAAAUGCGCCUCUCUGAUGUUGUGCGUGGAUUAAAAGUGACAGCCAAGUCUGUGAGCCAAGAGGUUAACUUGACCCGAAACGCAAACGUCUCAGAAGGUCCAGUGAGCAAACCUGAUUCUAUGACUGCGGCUGCUAAACCUGCUGCUGUGGUGCUUCAAUCAGAACUCCAGCCAAUCUCAAGUGCUUCUCCUCCAGCAAAGGAAGAGGAUAAAACAGAACUUCAUGUUUCAGAGGAAACAACCUCCUCGUCCACACAAGCUCUCUCUUCAAAAGCCUCAGAAGAUGCCCCGUCCACCUGUAGCCAGGCAGUUCCUGCAGAAGCACCUUCAUCAUCUCCCCCAAGUCCAACAUCAGAACCGGGUUCAAGAAAGCUCAGCUAUGCAGAGGUGUGCCAGAGGAUGGCCAAGGACCCACCGCCUGCACCAAUGCCCUCUCCCACUCCCUCUCCUUCUGCCUCCUCUGCCAGCCAGCCUCUGCAAGAGCUGAAGGUCAACAGGGUGGAGGAGCCUCGGGCCAACUCAAGACAAACUCCAGACAAAUCUGGAGAUAAAAGGCCUCCUCGACAACCAUUACGUCCCUUUAGAGGGACACCCGGCCAAGGCAGAGUUGGAGGUUCAGGGCUGAAGAUUCGGGAACAUCAGAGAGGCCUGAACACUGGCAAAAGAUUUUCCCCACAGCGGGGAGCCAGACGCAGUGGCAAGGAACAGAACAUUCCUCCAAGUUCACCAAAAUAGCUUAAAAAAAGAACCCUUUAAACAUCAACUACAAUACGAAUAUGAACUCUGUAAAUAUAUAACAUGUAAAUAGACAGAUGAAUAUAUUUAAUUUGACAGACUGUGUGAAAUAAUCAACAUUGUUAAAGACCUGAAACUAUUAAUAGGCUGUAAAUGUGUAUUCCUUUCAGGGAAAUGCUUAGUCUGCAGACACAAAUGCAGACUUUUGGGUGAAAAAGCAUACUUCGCUUAAAGUAAUAUCACCAUGAUAUUAAGAGUAUCCCCCAUAAAUGGGCUAAAUCUGUAGUGUAUCUACAUAUGUGUUUAAGCAAGUGGGGGCUGGUAUUGUCUAUUUUUUUAAUAUGAGUAAUACAGCAAACUUUACAAUUAUCAGAAAUGACAAAAAAGGCACAUUUGGUUUCUUUCUCAGUGAUUGUUUGCAUGUAAUCCAUCUUUAAGUUUUCAUCAAAGUUGUUUUGCAUUGAAAUCAAGGAUAGAAUUAUUUAUGGAGUGGGUCAUGUUGAAUCCAUGGCAGAACUAUAGAAACAGUUGGAAGGUUAGAAAGCGGCUUUGUCAGAAGAACUCUUCAUGAUUUCAGAGUCUUGCUCUAACAAUAAUGUGAGUGUACACUUGGAGAAUGGUGUAAUUUAAUUACUGUUCUUAUUUGAUGUUAGUUGUAUUUGAAAAUAAUUGUCUUUGUAAUUCAUAUAUCAUUACUGCUAACAUUUGAAAUGAUUCCUGGAAUAUAACUGUAAUCUAUCUGCAUGUGUCAUCUUUGCACGAUUAAUGGCUGAUGGAGCAUGAAUCACCGGCCAAAUAGAUAACUGUUGCUGAGGCUUAUUCCAAGUAAGCAGGACCAGAAAGACUGUCUCCUUGUUUUCAGAUCUCAGUGAUGUUGGCACCUAUCUCACGGAGGAUUGUUAAUAGUCUACUGACUAUGUCAAAAGGCACAUUUUUAGCUGAGACUAGUACAAGUGGUCCUGUCUAGUAUGGUAACUUGUGGUGCACAGUGAGUCUAUUCACGAGGACUUCAAGUUUUAAGGAGAGUUCAGAAUGUCCAGUUUUGAUCAUGUUUUUACAUCCAAGCAGCUUAUCAAGAAUAAGAAGUACAAAUAUCUGUAAUCUAAACAUAAUGGAUGAUCUGAGGGACCUAGAGCAGGAAAAAUAUUUUUUCUCCUCAAUGGAAUGUUUUCACUGCUUGAUUGAUGUAGCAGUUUGAAGGUUGGCUAGUGUCCUCAAUAUGGUGAAAUUGAUUGUAGUUUGGGGAACUAAAACCACCUUUGAACUUGAUUUGGUAAAUGUAUAUACUGUAGUCAGUCAAUGUGUAUAUGUUGGUAAUUUCGUUUUGAUCUGGUUUGUCCAAAUGCUUGUUUCAAUGUGCGUGUCUACAGUAGUAGGCCAUCUUUUUAAAUUUUCUAUCAGUUAUGUUCCUCACUUUAUAGUACUCAGUGUUUUGUAAUAUUUGUACAUUCGUAGACUGCUCUGAGAAAAGAUGUUUGAUUAUUAACUACAGAAUUAGAUAUGGAUCUGUAUUGCGACUUGAGGCUCAACAAGCGCAACAUAGCUGCACUUCUAGUGAAAUCCACUAUCCUUUUGAUCUUAAGACUUUUAAUCAUUACAGAAUUUAGACAUGUAAAUAGAUGACUAUAUAUCAUUUGACAGACUUUGUCAUAGAAUCUCAACAUUUUUGCAGACCCAAAAUUGUUUAGAAAGACUUUCAGUAGGUUUUCCUUGCGGCAAAAUGCCUAUAUUAUGAGGACAGAACUGUAUACUUUUGGGGUGGUAGAAAUUUUUUUUUUUUAUCUGUGUAGCUUGAGGUGUUGUAAAUGAGCAAAAUGUAAGGAAGGAUAAUUACUUUUAGCGGGAUAAAACUUUUUUCCUUAAUAAGUGAGUCAUCUGCUUGUAGGGAGUUACUGCAGUGUACAGUAUUUUUUGUCUUGUAACCAGUAGUUAAAUGUUGACAGUGUAAACUAUGUGCAAAAGAGAAAGAUAUUGCUUCUGCUUCAGACUACACAGAAUGAUUAUCUCAGCCCAAAACUCCAGUGCCUUAACAGUAUUUCAUUUAAGUAAAAAAUCCAGGAAUUUUGAGCAAAUAAAUUUGCAACAAUGAAGGCUCAAAAAUUGGUUGUUAACAUCAGUUUUGGACACAUGGGGACACUGCAUCUUGUUCAAUGUAAAUCUCAGUUUAUUGUAGGCACACCUGGAGCUCGUGAGUUUGUCCACUAUCCAUCUGUCAGACAUUUUAUGUUGUUGGCUUGCCAGUGCAAAUUAAGUCCUGUUUUAGAAUCCUGUUCAUAACUCACAAUCAAAUAUGAGAUUGAAAUUUUUAUCAACCAAACACACACUGGCUUAUCAAGUGAAUAUUUUAUUACUGAGCCUGAUGUAUUAAAAUAAAAAUAUAUUUUUAAACAA